AUAUUCAUCUUUGAGAACAAUAUCUACUACUGCGCGCACGUUGGGAAGCAGGCCAUCCGUGUGGUCUCCACCGGGAAGGAGGGCGUCAUCUACAACGGCCUCAGCGACUGGCUGUACGAAGAGGAGAUUCUGAAGACCCACAUCGCGCACUGGUGGUCUCCUGAUGGCACAAGGCUCGCCUACGCCACUAUCAACGAUUCUCGCGUCCCUCUCAUGGAGCUCCCCAUCUACACAGGCUCCGUGUACCCCACCGUGAAGCCCUACCACUACCCCAAGGCUGGCAGUGAAAACCCCAGUAUUUCUUUGCACGUUAUUGGCUUAAAUGGACCCACCCAUGACCUGGAGAUGAUACCACCCGAUGAUCCACGGAUGAGAGAAUAUUAUAUCACCAUGGUGAAGUGGGCCACCAGUACCAAAGUCGCGGUCACCUGGCUGAACCGGGCGCAAAACAUGUCCAUCCUGACCCUCUGCGACGCCACCACAGGGGUCUGCACUAAGAAACACGAGGAUGAAAGCGAAGCAUGGCUCCACAGACAGAAUGAAGAGCCCGUGUUCUCCAAGGAUGGCCGAAAGCUUUUCUUUGUCAGAGCCAUCCCACAGGGAGGACGAGGAAAAUUCUAUCACAUCAUGGUGUCGUCAUCCCAGCCGAACAGCAGCAAUGACAACAUCCAGUCCAUCACCUCCGGGGACUGGGACGUGACCAAGAUCCUGUCCUACGAUGAGAAGCGAGAUAAGAUCUACUUCCUGAGCACGGAGGACCUGCCUCGGAGACGUCAGCUCUACAGUGCCAACACAGUGGGCAACUUCAACAGACAGUGCUUGUCCUGUGACCUGGUGGAGAACUGCACCUACUUCAGUGCUUCCUUCAGCCACAGUAUGGACUUUUUCUUGCUCAAGUGUGAAGGUCCUGGCGUGCCCACGGUGACCGUGCACAACACCACAGAUAAGAGAAAGAUCUUUGACCUGGAAACCAACGACCAUGUACAGAAGGCCAUUAGUGACCGGCAGAUGCCGAAGAUCGAAUACAAAAAAAUUGAGAUCGAUGACUAUAACUUGCCAAUGCAGAUCCUGAAGCCAGCCACCUUCACCGACACAGCCCACUACCCCUUGCUCCUGGUGGUGGAUGGCACCCCUGGGAGCCAGAGUGUGGCGGAGAAAUUUGAGGUGACCUGGGAAACGGUGCUGGUGAGCAGUCACGGAGCGGUGGUAGUCAAGUGCGACGGCCGAGGCAGCGGUUUCCAAGGAACCAAGCUCCUGCAUGAAGUGAGAAAGCGGCUGGGCUCCCUGGAGGAGAGGGACCAGAUGGAGGCUGUGCGGACGAUGCUGAAGGAGGCAUACAUUGACAAAACAAGGGUGGCUGUGUUUGGGCAGGACUACGGUGGGUACCUGAGCACUUACAUCCUCCCAGCGAAGGGUGAGAAUCAAGGUCAGACCUUCACCUGCGGCUCUGCUCUCUCUCCAAUAACAGACUUCAAACUCUACGCAUCAGCAUUUUCUGAGCGGUACCUGGGUCUCCAUGGACUUGACAACAGAGCCUAUGAGAUGACCAAGGUGGCACACCGAGUGUCAGCACUGGAGGAACAGCAGUUCCUGCUCAUCCAUGCCACUGCUGACGAAAAAAUCCAUUUCCAGCACACAGCAGAGCUCAUUACACAGCUAAUUAAGGAUAAAGCUAAUUACAGCUUACAGAUAUACCCAGAUGAAAGCCACUACUUCCACAACCCUGACCUCAAAAAGCACCUGUACCGAUCUAUCAUCAACUUCUUUGUGGAGUGCUUCAGGAUCCAGGAUAAGCUACCAACAGCCACAGUGAAAGAGGAUGAGGAAGAGGACUAA